AUGGCUUUGACAGGCCAAUAUCGGAGCCCUUCGCCAGUUGGAAGCACCGACUCCGACGAUGAUCAGCUACGCUCAUACUUCGACCGCGUAACCAAAGGAUGUGAUGUGUUCAGAAUCCUUUUGGUUGGUAAAGCGGGGUCAGGAAAAUCCACCCUUGUUUCGGAGGUAUUCGAUUUCGAGUUGGAUCGAGCAAAUGUGCAAGACUUUACGGUUGGCGAUCAUGACAUCAACCAUGAGAUAACGUCUCCCAAUAACCAAUCUCUUUCCCUCCACGAUAGCAAAGGAAUAGAGAGUGGAUCUGCUGAGAAUCUCAAGAUAAUAACAGAUUUCAUCGAGAAUCGCAAAGGCCGACCGUUUUCUGAACAACUUCACGCUAUCUGGUAUUGCAUCGAAAUUCCGAUCGCUGGACAACGACCAUUUGAAGGCGGCGACGUUGCUCUGUUUCGUUCCUUGCUGGAGACAAGAAAUAAAGUGCCCGUGAUCGUCGUCUUUACCAAACUCGACAGGUUGCAAUUUAGGGAACAAAAACGCCUCAAGAAGCUGUACAUAGAUCAAGGGAUGGACCCCAAAUCGGCGCAGGCCAAGGCGAAGCUUGAUUGUGUCGCUGCUGCCAAAAAGCAAUAUGAGACUUCUUGCGUAGCGAUCCUACAAUCAAAAUUUGUGCCCGCGGCAUGGACGCGCUUCUGCCCUGUAUCAAACAAGCUGUAUUGGCCUGGCCUCGGCGCAGCGCUUAUUCCUUUGAAGGGUGUUCGUAGGAUUACCAUCCUGACAAUCCUUGGCAGAAUCCACUCCGACAUCGUACGGCUGUGGAACUUCAAGGUAUGGAGUUUAAUUAUGGUGUUCCUUCCUCUUUUCAACUGGCCUAUGAGUCCACAGGAUCCUGAAAAGCUAUUCAUUGAGCCCAUUGUUGCGCCGACAUUGGAAGGCACGCCAGGCCCCGAUGCUGAGGGCACCAAGAUAAUCGAGAACAUCGCGCAGGCUGUGAUGAACCCCGGGGCGAUCGCACCUGCCAUCGCGGACGCUGCCAAGGUGCUUGAUGAAAUGGUAGUUGCAACUCCAGCCACGGCUAGGGUGCUCAUGGCUUACGUUACUGGUAAUAUCUCCUUGGCUCCAUCAGUUGCCGAGGUUGACUUCCUGUUUAAUUCAGAUUUGACUUUGGGAAUGGAAGGGCUUUACUGGCUAGUUCGUCCUCGCGAGAACAAAGCCGUUUUCCGUCAAGAUAUAGUUCAUGCUUUUACGACCUACCGCGCGUCAAGGCAGCGAGGAGAUGUCCACAUGUUGAUUCGGGACUACAUUGGAGAUGAGAAUAUAAUGCGCUCGUUCAGCAGAGAGAAAGCUCUCAAGAAGGUUGGCGAAAUUGUCGCUAAGUCACGAUUUGACCCUCAAGAAGUUUUCAAUGACCUGCAGUGA